CUGGGUUUCCUCUUCUGCCUCCACUCCCUUAACAGAGCUCACGCUGGUAGCCCCAUGCCUCAGUUUCCCCAUCCUGGGUCUCCAUCCCCCUUUCUUGUCUUGGCUACAGAUCCUCGCUGCUCCUUCUUGUCCCCUCUCCUCCAGCAGAGGCAGCGGCGAUGGGCGUUAGUGGCCCCCGGCGGAGCCCCGGCCCCCCUGACGGCGGCUGGGGCUGGGUGGUGCUAGGCGCCUGCUUCGUGGUCACCGGUUUCGCCUAUGGCUUCCCCAAGGCCGUGAGCGUCUUCUUCCGCGCGCUUAUGCGCGACUUCGGCGCGGGCUACAGCGACACAGCCUGGGUGUCCUCCAUCAUGCUCGCCAUGCUCUACGGCACCGGCCCAGUGUCCAGCAUCCUUGUUACCCGCUUUGGCUGUCGCCCGGUGAUGCUAGUGGGUGGGCUGUUGGCCUCUGCGGGCAUGGUCCUAGCAUCCUUCGCCACGCGCCUCCUGGAGCUAUACCUGACUGCUGGGGUGCUCACAGCCGUCACCAAGUUCCUGAUGGCGCUCGGGCUCUUCGUGCCCGCCAUCCUGUUGGUGAACUACGCCAAGGACGCAGGCGUGCCUGACUCCGAGGCUGCCUUCCUGCUCUCCAUCGUGGGCUUCGUAGACAUCGUGGCGCGGCCGGCCUGCGGCGCCCUGGCCGGGCUGGCACGCCUGCGACCGCAUGUCGCCUACCUCUUCAGCCUGGCCCUGAUGGCCAAUGGGCUCACAGACCUGAGCAGCGCGCGCGCGCGCUCCUACGGUGCCCUUGUCGCCUUCUGCAUCGCCUUCGGCCUCUCCUAUGGCAUGGUGGGCGCGCUGCAGUUCGAGGUGCUCAUGGCAGCCGUGGGUGCACCGCGAUUCCCCAGUGCCCUGGGCCUGGUGCUACUACUCGAGGCCGUGGCUGUUCUCAUCGGACCGCCCUCUGCCGGCCGCCUGGUGGAUGCGCUGAAGAACUACGAGAUCAUCUUCUACCUGGCGGGCUCUGAGGUGGCCCUGGCUGGGAUCUUCAUGGCUGUCGCCACCAACUGUUGCCUGCGCCGCUCUCGGGAUGCCUCGCCCAGCCCAGGCACCGAGGGCGGGGCCAGCGACACGGAGGAUGCUGAAGCUGAAGUGGACUCUGAGCCCCUGCCCACCAGCACUGAGGAGCCUGGUGGCCUCGAGACCCUGGAGGUGCCGAGCCCGGGGACUGGGCCUUCAGAACCCAAGGUGGAGGCAGAGCUGGGGCUGGACUCUGAGUCUGUGUAGCGCGGGGGCACUAGGUGGGGUGGCCAGUGACUUCGGGGGUGGGGCUUCCUCUCUGAGUCCUCGCUGCCCCAAGAGGGCCUGGCACACUGGGGACUGCUCUGGUGGUCACUCCCGAGGUCCGGGGGGGAAGCUGCCCCCCUCAUUUGCCCAGCAGGCCAUGGCCAGGCCCUUCAGGCCCUGGUCUUGCCAGUGAACCCGCUGUGCAUGGACCAGGCCUGGGCCUGUGUGAAUGUAAAGUUCAUAAAGUGGAGCUGAAA